UUUCACAAGAUGUUUGGUGACAGCAAUUUUCUUUUCUCUCUUUUCUGCAUUUUUGUGAUUGUGAAUGGAAUGUCUCACGUGAUGACAGUGUUGCAGUUGCGUUGAGGUGGAGAAGAAUGAACAACGCGAUUGAGGAUGGCUCGAACUUCCCUGAGGACAAAGGAGAGCAUAUCAACACAGCCCGACCUUCACAGGAUGGAGAGAGCUUCCAUGAGGAUCAUAGCGAGCAGAGGUCGCAGAAGCCAGUAGACGAGAACUUCGAGGAGAGCGAAGAAGAGCUGCGAGACUUUGUUGAAGUGUGUAUAGAGGCGUUCAACGAAGUGGAUGUAGACGCGACUGAGCUGAUCGGAACGGAGCAGCUAGGAGUAGUUCUGGCAGAGCUCCUGGACCAGGAGGUGAUCGCGCCGUACAACGACGAGGACCUUGCGAUCCUCGCGUGCGACAUGGACUUGGAGGGCAACGGUUUCAUCCCGCGCCGCGAGUUUCUGGACGUGCUCCUGCGAUGGGCGAAGGGAUACAAGAUGAUGGCGGACAAGCACGGCAAGCUCUCCUUCACGUUCCUCGGCCCCCCUCCCGUUGACUUCACCGCCAACGAGCUCGAGGAGGCGUUCAGCCUCUUCGACGUGAAGCGCACAGGAGAAGUCGAGGCCAGCCACAUCCGGUCCGUCUUGAAGGCCGUGGACGACGUGGACGUGACGUCGCUGGAAGCUCGGAAGAUGAUCGAGGCGGCGGCUGGCGACGCGAUGAAGGAGAGCAUCUCCUUUGAGCAGUUCAAGUCGAUCCUCUACUGGCGGCCGACGGAAGUGCACGACGUGAUCUACGACGACCCUGGCUCGAGGCGAUCUUGACGGGGGUGCCUGCUGGGAGAGGAGGAGGAGAGUUUUUGACGAGGAGGAGGAGGUAGACUAUUGUAAUGUUACAAGAUGAUGUGAGGGUUGAAUGUU